AAUCAAUCAACUCAACGAACAGAAAAAAGGCAAGAUUCGCGAUUCUUCCCACUAGAAAAGAAAACGAAUGCGUGCGUGGUGUGAAUUUUGGUUUCUGGAAGGAAAGUAAAAGCAACCUCCGGUUCAGUGUUAUCGGUUUCGUGUUUUCGUCGCGGAAAAUAACAAACGUGCGCGGUAAUUUUCGUGUUUUCGCGGUUCGAUGUUCGUGUCGUGAGGGAAAAAUUCCCCGAAUCGGAAGGAAUCACUCAGCGGCAGCACUUCCUUUCAAAUUUAUUUUUUCGCCUGCUGCUGCUGCUGCUGGCGCGGUUGAAGAGACAACGACGACGGCGACCACUCUUUCAGCAAGACGAAGGAAAAGUUAGCAUCGGUUUGGCAGAGGGCAUCUGAUUCCGAUCGGUGGAUCGGAUUGUGCACCGGGAGUCAGUUUCGUCAUUUUAGUGCUUCUGCAGUGACCAAACCUGCCCCAAUUAUUGCCGCCAGCUGACGGCAUCGACGUCGCAGACGACGAUGCACAGUGCGCCAGCUUCGUCCGGUAGAGGUCGCGGAGGCAAACGCCAAGAACAAUCGCUCUACAGUCCCGGCAGUGGUCCGCUGCGGAAGUCGGAAAACUCCGGCAGUAAUCGUUCGCUGAAUUCGCUGGGCGGUGGCGACGGGCCUUCAUCGAUGGGUCGCGAUCGGGACCGCGAUCGAUCCGACUGGGGCGGUCAAGGCGACGAGUGGCGAUCGGUCAACAAGAAGGAAAGAAACCACAAGAAGCACGACUACUACGAGCAACAGCGCCACAAAAACGAUGCACCGCCGGGCUUCCGACAGGCUUCCGAACCGCGGGUCCUUUCCACCAACCCGCCCAAUGUGAACUACAACCGGCCUCAGGAUCGCCUGCGCAACGAGCGGGACACCCGAAGCGUUGAAUCCAACUUCGGUGGACGCGGCGGCGGUGGCCCCAAGAAACCCCAAUUGCCUUUAAACAUCGAGUCUCUACCGCCUCGGAUGCAAAGCAAGAUCCUCCAAGAUCACGGUCUCCCGCCGGACUACCUGGAGAACCUGCGCAACGAGCAGGCCAAUGCGCAUCCUCCGCAGAGCUGGUCGCACACGCUUCCCAUGUCACCUCGCUCGCGGCCGUCGGGAAUGCGAGGUGGCGGUCGGAAUCGAUACUCAGGGAACUACCAAGGUGGCUACCAGCCGGAUUACCGGGCCCGGACCCCAGUCGAUCUGCAGCGCCCGCGCAGCCGAUCGUCGGAUGUGGGAGCCGAUCAGGACGAUCAGUACCACCACCAGCAGCAACAUCCGCCGCAGCAGGACUUUGACAGACCUCCGAGGCCUAACAGCAGAAACUCCAGCUGCGAUCCGAACGAUCGCUGGAACAGCAACUAUGGGCUUCCCCCGAGGGAGCAUGUUAGUAUUGGGCCGCCGCCUGGAUUCCGCAAGGACAGUGCUCGCAUCCGUCAGUUCUCGGACGGCGGAAUGAUAGAGGAGAACGAUGGCAGAAAAUCUGCCGGAAAGUUGGACUGGGCUGACGAUGUCGAGCGGGAAGCAAUGCAAGAAAAGACUGCCAACAGCACUCUCAACAAUAACAACAGCAACCACAUCGGCCACAACAACAGCACUAGCAGUAGGAAUAGACGCCGACAUCGAAGUAACUCCCGCUCGAGCAACGACUUCUACGACGAGGGAAGCUUCAAGGUUCCCUACCCGGCGACAAAGGGUAGCGGUGGAAGCAGUGGCCGCAGUCGGCGCAAUUCACAGUCCUCCAACUUGAGCCGCGAGAACAGCAUGGAUCGCGCGGCUUACGGCGGUGCCCGUGGCAGUCGUGGUGGAAAGCAGCACUACGGCAACCGAGACGGCAGCCAGGAUCGGUACUAUGAACGGGGCGGCGACGGAGGAAGGUACGGCGGCCAUCGGAAGGGCGGUAACGGCGGGGAUCGGUACAGCAACAGCAGGGACAACAGUAUGGACCGCGGCAAUUGGCAAAGAGGUGGAGGCGAUUCCGGAAACUGGAGAGGAGUUGACGAUGGAAUUGAGAAGGCAGACGCGAAAAUCGCGGAAAUGACGAAGCAAUUUGAAGAGCAUAUAGGAAUUCAGAAAGGUCCCGGUGUGUUGGUCCUUCCGCCGAAGAUUCCUUCAAUCGGUGGACACCUGCCACGGGACGAACAACUCAGGGAAGAUAGUUCAGGCAAUGCACGGACAUUGUUCGAUCCGAAGAAUCCGAACAAACCGAUUAUGAUCACUCCGUCUCAAACUCGUAACUACAAUCCUCCGGAGAACCUGGAUGAAUUGGGUUCCUCCACCGGUGCUAACGAACGCAAACGAAUAGCCAGCGGCAAUCAACUCGGUAGUGUGCGUCCUCCCUGGUAUGACACCACCGCCCCUCAGGCCAAUCUGCUUCGCAACAAAGACCUUGUCCGCCAGCUUGAAGUGGCCGAUAAUCGCCUUCAAGAGCUACUUCUCAGCGGAAACCUAUUCCGUGAAUGGGACGUGUACCUCCAAAUCAGAAAUGACCUACAAAAACUGCUGGAAACCUUCCUCCUGUCGGAAAUGCGCUUCUCCCAGGACAUCAACAUUGAGCAUCACUUUUGGAAGCUUCUCUACUACAACAUCAUCGAGCAGAUGCGUAAACUUUUGGCGGAAGACCCGGAUCAGAACAACCGGGCGUACUACCGCGAAAGGGCUCUGGACAUCAUAGAAAAUGGGUCGCACUUUUUCGAGCACCUCCUGACCCUGCUGGAGAAGCAGUUCAAUUUCAGUUUGGAGAACUUCAUCGGCAUAAACGCGGCCACCAACACGAAGGGUCUAAAAUGUGGCCUGGCGCUGGUAUCCGCUCAGAAAAUUUUCCUCUUCCUGGGCGACCUGGCCCGAUAUCGCGAACAGAUCAACGAAGCGAAUAACUUCCGCAAGGCGAAACAGUGGUACGUGAAGGCCCAGCAGAUCAUGCCCAAGAACGGCCGACCGUACAACCAGCUGGCGCUGCUCUCCGUCUAUGCUAAACGCAAAAUUGACGCUGUGUACUUCUACAUGCGUAGUCUGAUGUCAUCCAAUCCGUUUGAGUCGGCUCGCGAGAGUUUGAUGGAUCUUUUCAACGAGACUAAGAAGAAGUACGAGAGCAGCCAGCGGAAGCGCGAGGAGAAGAACCGGGCCCGGCUCAAAGAGAAAGAGCACCGCUUCGAUGGCCACCUGCGGCGCGAAACGUGGAUCCAUCCGGAGGGUGGCUCCCGGGUGCACCGGACGGCGCCAUUGGACCCGAUGGCCGGCCGGACCGGUGACACCAGCGAGGAAGAGGAAGAGGAACUGCGCCAGCUCGAUUCGAUCGAGUUGAACAAGCGGUUCAUCGUGAGCUUCCUGCACGUGUUGGGCAAGCUGAUCACGAAGACCGGCAUGGAGUCGUUCACGCCGUGUGCGAUCCAGAUGCUGCGGGAGUUCCGGGCGCUGAUCCAGCACUCGCCGAUUGCGGUCACCUCGCACCGGCUGCUGCAGCUGAUGUCGCUGAAUAUGUUCGCGAUUGAGAUCACCAAGCUGAAAGACUCCACAAUUGCCCCGGGAGCGCGCUCCGAAGUGCAGGAAUGUGCCCUCUCGAUCGGGCUGCUCAUGUUUGGCAUCAUCCUGGAGCGGUUCAUCCACGUGAUACAGAGCGCAUCGUGCGGUCCCAGCAGUGGGAAUGCAAGCAAUCCCGGCACCAGAAACGCGGAUCCCGCCGGCGGCGGCAGCAGCAGUAGCGGUAGCAGCAGCAGCAUCAGCAACAAUGACACGAAUGAGUCGCUGCUGCAGGCGAUCGCCAGCAAGGAGAACGCAAUCGCCGAGAACCUCAAGCAGCUCGACUUGGUGGCUGGCACGAAAUCAACACCUCAGUCCGGCAGCGGGAACCGGACCGCAAAGGAUAAUAGGCUAAACGAUGGGAACGCCCCUUCAACAACGUCGACGGCGACGGCCCCGCUGGGGUCAUCCAAUAUUGGUAGCAGCAACAGCAGCAGGAGCGAAGUCCGACAGAAAUUGGUGCUGCAGGAGGACGCCAAGGCGAUUCUGCCCGCAAUUAAGGUGUGGUGCGACUGGAUGCUUUAUCACACCGGCACGUGGAAUCCACCGCCCUUCUGCACGGACUACAAAAUAGGUGCUUCCACCGGACACGACCCGUGGUCCGGCCUGUCCGACCUCAUGACACUGCUGGCCCGGCUGGAUACCAACAAGGAGAUUCUCGCGCUGGAAUCGAAACAAGGUUUCGAAGUCGUUCGGCUCCAGGAGGACAUCACCCUGGCAGGAUUCACCCCGCUCAUGUACAAAGGCCCCGAGCCCAUUUUCACACACGAGACACGCGACAUGGAGGAAGCCCAGAACGCACUUCGAGUGCAGAAGCUGAUAUUCUUCGGAACGGGUCACCUGUGCACGUGUAAACCGCCGGUGCUUCAAAAAGUAACGAGUCAGACCGGUGCGGACGAGUUCAUCAGCAUUGUGCAGAACCGAAUAGAAGGGUCCAGCGACUCGGAGAUCCUUCUGGAGAGUUUCAGCGAAGACGAGAGCGAAAGUCAACCCCCGCUGCAGAACAGCAGCGGUAGCAAAGAUCAGGAGAAAACAAAAGCUUCCCAAGAUCACGGGCAGCGGAAGAAGCACCCAAAUAGCAGUAGUAAAGAGCAAGAAAACAAUCAAAAUGAAGCGGAAAGCAAGAAGAAUAACAACAAUAACACCUCCAGUAGUAACACGAAAUCCAGUGGGAAGAAACGUAAAAAUAGCAGCAACAACAACAACAACAAUAGUAAUAACAAAGACAACAAUAAUAGCUCCAACAGUACUAGCAAUUCCAAUAGUACAAAUAUCAAUAACAAUAACAAUAGUAGUAGCAACAAUAACAACGCCAACAGUGCUGCCGUUGCCAGCGGUGCCGAUGCGGUGGAUCAGAAAGCGGUGGCCGGGAAGAGCAAUCAGGAAAUCCGAAAGCUGCUUCGCCGAAAGGACGAACUGGAGCGCAAGCAGAAGAUGCAGGAGAAGUACACCCAACGAUUACAGGACAUCCUAUCGCAGAGUACGAUCGCCCUGAUGAUCGAAGUCCGCCCGCGAUCUCUGGUCCCAGAUACCAACUGCUUCGUAGACUAUCUGUCCAAAAUCGAGAGUAUUGCCCGGGCGCACCCGCUCUACCAGUUGAUGGUUCCUAUUGUUGUGAUCAACGAACUGGAAGGCCUGUCCAAAGGAAUCAAACCCGGUACGAACGCGGGUGUCGUGCCGAACGCAACCACAGCCGGAAUCAUCACGUCCAAGCUAGCGUCCAGCGUGUCGGUGUUCCCGGCGGGCAAAUCCCCCUCAUCGGUCGAUCGGCGGUUCGACCCACUGCACGCCGAAAAGGUUGCCGCUGCCUCCAAACAGGCACUGGACUUUAUCAGGAAGAAGAAUCCCGCCCUGAAAUGCGUAACCACAAAAGGAUCGAUACUCAACACGUCCACGUUUACCGCCGAGGACGGUGACGACGUGCAGAUGUCCAACGAUGAUCGAAUUCUGAAAACUGCCUUAAACCUGUGCCGCGACCACACGGAGGAGAAACGAGGGGAAGUUCGUUACAUCAUCCGGGACGUGGUCCUCCUGACGACGGAUCGGAACCUCCGAGUGAAGGCCCUGUCCAACGAUCUACCGGUACGGGAGCUACCGGACUUCAUCAAGUGGGCCGGGCUCGGGUCGGCGUAGAGUACGUAGUUAGCCAGCAGUUCCUCCCGGAUUCUCCUCCCGCUCCACUACUAGCCCCGCGAUAGCCGAGAGAUAGCUAGCCGCGAACGGACAGCGCGAUGAUCGAGCAGACAUCCCCCCUCGGCGAGGGAAAGUACUAUGAUAAUAUUACAAAACAAAACAAAAACUUUAAUUAAUUAGUAGUGACACGUGAAAGUUAUCUCGUUCGUUCAGUCGCUAUAGGUUUUCUUUUUCUUUAUUUUAAUCAUUUUUUUAAAUAUUCCGUUUGAUUGCGAAUAACUAUAACUGAGCGUUUUAUGCGAAACCUGACUGUUCGAACCCGUCUUUCGAAGUAAUUUUUUUUUUCUGUUCAUAUUUUACAUUUCUAUCAUUAGAACUAUUUAGUUGCCUUUAAUUGUGUUUCGAUUCUAAUUUACUCUCAGCUUGAAAGUAACUUAUUAAAUUGUAAUAUGUUUAAAGUUCGUUCGUUGGAUCGUUGACUCCUGAGAAAAGGUACGAGUGUAAGAGAAAAAUAAAAUGAGCAAAGAAGGAAAUACCUACA